UACACACCUUGGGUUCAUUUUGACGGCUACCAAACUUUGUUGUGGUGGGCUGUAGAAAAAGCUACAGAAAUUGUUUGGUGUUUUCUCAACAGCGAAUUUCUUCACGAUGCCGAAAUAUUACUGCGACUACUGUGACACCUACCUAACGCACGAUUCGCCCAGCGUCCGGAAGACACACUGCACCGGCCGCAAGCACAAAGAUAACGUGAAAUUCUACUACCAGAAAUGGAUGGAGGAACAGGCGCAGCAUCUCAUCGAUGCAACAACGGCAGCGUACAAAGCUGGAAAGAUUGCCUCGAACCCGUUCACCACAGGGCCACCGAAGCCGAACAUUUCCAUUCCUCCACCUACCAUGAAUAUGCCCCCUAGGCCAGGCAUCAUUCCCGGCAUGCCGGCCGGCGCUCCGCCACUACUGAUGGGACCGAACGGACCGCUACCGCCACCGAUGAUGGGAAUGCGUCCUCCGCCGAUGAUGGUACCAACGAUGGGUAUGCCACCGAUGGGAUUAGGGAUGCGUCCACCGGUAAUGAGUACCGCACCGCCACAGCUUAAUCCGAAAAGCUAAGCCUGUGGUUACUGUCGUUUUAUUGCGUUCUUCUUCCGUAAGGUGUAAUUGUGUAUUGAUAGAAAAUACGAAAAUAUAACGAAUAUGUGAGCAGAUACGAUAAUUGUAAUCGAUCUUGUGUGAAAAUAAUGUAGCAAGCGUACUAACUGGAAUCCCGAAAUUGUUCCCUGUGGUCUUCCACGUUCCAGUCGAAUAAACCGACUACGAUGAUCUAGUACAAUGCCGCCCGAAAA